AUGAAAACCCGCCUGACGACACUAACCUGGAGGGGAUCCGCUUCGGUCGAUCCCCGGUUCUCGGCGGCCAUGCUACCGUGGUCCAUUGCCGACAUUCGGAACCAUGAAAGUUAUGUAACGCUAUCGGUCGGUGUUGAGGAUGGCGUGAUGGCAGCUUACAACACGGACUUUGAGCUACAAUUCGAGCACAAGCUGAAGUACAUCCUCGGCUACUGCAGGGUAAUCGUGAAGCAGGAGAAGAGCAAAAAGAAUGCCGACUUCCUCAUCCCGAAGGCGACCAGCACGCGGCCGCAGCCCAUCACGAUCGGCAACGACAAUAUGGCGGAAAUCUUUGGGCCCGAGUUUGGGCUGGUGUAUCUGCUGAAAACCCCCCAGGACCCACUGCUGCACAUACAUUUUUACGAGUGUGAAAAGUACGAACAGAUGGCCGAACUGUUGCAGCAGAUGCGCGAUCCAUCCACGAUCGGCGCUGGCGGCUCGGUCGGCAGCAUACCGCAGAGUAUCGUGUCGUCCAACGCGAACGCGAACGAUCUGCAGAAGGCCCUCCGGAGCCAGGGCGUUCACUCGACGCCCGCCUCGAACCUGAAGCUCUCGGAACAGAUGCGCCACGCUCAGCACGAUGGCAGCCCCACGCUGGCUUACCAACAGGGCAACGGUCACCACGGCGGCGGCGGCCACCACCAGGGUCCGCCUUAUCAUCAGAAUGGUGGUGGUGGCCCAAACCGGUUGGCCACCUCCAAGAGCUUCUCGGGCGGGCUGAACCACUCGGCGAGCGGGGCAGGUGGUUUGACGGCGGCAGCGGCCGCAACCACCGGUGGUGGGUCCAGCAUCUCGUCCAGUCUCUCCUCGCUGCCGGACAUUUCCGCCAACAACUCGCAGUUCUUCGAGGUGCUGUACGUGGGCAAGAUCAAGGUCUCGCACAAGCGCGUCCCGUACACCUUCAUCGACGACGCGCUCCCCAAGUUCAAGGCGUACGAUGCGGAAAAGCUUCGCCAACAGCUGGAUGCCUCUCGGAAGGUAGGUCGGCGGCUCUCCCUCUCGAGCGCCGGCGGUGACAGUAGUAAUGGUGAUGGCAACGGCAAACAAGGCGCGUUGGCGGUUGAGGUGCCGGACCCGCUGGUGCCGCGGUCAACACCACCACCGUCCACUGACGAUCCGCCCGAAUCGGUCUUCCAGGGACGACGCGUCAGUCAGUUUGAUCUUCCGGUGCAGAAAAUUGAGGACGGUGCCAAAGAGGCAAGCAAUAGUGCGCCAGUCUCCGGUGUCGGUGGUGGUGGUGUCGGUAAUGGUGUCGGAGAGGGGCCACUCGUCGGGGAUACAAUUAAGGAUGCGCAGCAACUCCAGCAGCAGCAGCAGCUUCAGCAACAUCCAACGGUGGCACCGGCCCGAGACGGCAAGUCUUUGGAUGAGGAGGCACCGGUACGCCGUGAUCGAUCCGCGUCGAUCGGUUCGCUGCCGAUUGUGGAGCAGAACCGGACGAUGGUGUUCCUGAUCGGGCAGAGCGAUCUGCGUUUGAUCAGCCCCGACCGGAAGCAGGUGCUGCUGCACAAGGGAUUCCGCGAUGUGGCCAGCUGUGCCCAGGGCCAGAAGAAUGCGGACCACUUCGGUAUCAUCUGCCGGGACGUGAACAAUGACGGUUACAUCGGGUACGUGUUCAAGUGCCAGUCGGAGCAGGUGGCAGACGACAUCGUGAUGGCGAUCUCGCAGGCGUUUCUGGCCUGCUCGGAGCAGAAGCAGAAAGACCGGGCCGCGGCCCAGAUCUUCUCCUGCGAGCACUGCCCGAUGCUGUGGUACCACAAGCUGUGCACCGAUAUUGAGGGGCUGAGCGAUAAAAAGACACAGUACAUGAUCUUCAAGCGAAUCGACACCACGCUGACGGACGACGAGCAGCGGCUGCUGAUGGAGAAGUACCACGGGGCCGAGGAGGCUGCCGGGCACAGCAUCGGCGAGCAGAAUCAGUUCCUGAUGAUGCUGCUGAGGGCGCACUGUGAGUCGAAGCAGCAGCGCCACGUGCACGACACGGUGGAGAAUCGAACCGAGUUUCUGAAUCAGUAUCUCGGCGGGAGCGGCAUCUUCAUGAAGGCGAAACGAUCGUUGACCAGCUCGUUCGAUCAUCUGCUCAAGCGGCGCACCAGCCGGGAUGACUUUGUGGCCGGUUCGGCGGGGUUGAAGGAUUCCACGUCGGCCGGAGAGCUGAAAGAGGGCAGCCUGGAACCGGUCCCGCGGGCAAGGGCCUCAACAAUCGGCUCCAGUCCGUCGAUGGGGCGCAUGAACUCCGAUUUCGGGCCCGGCACACAGGUUCCCCAGUUAAAGUCCCCGAUGAUGGAUAUCUUCAUCAAAGUGGGAAACAGCCCUCGGGAGCACAGUACCGGCCACACGGGAUCGUGGCGUCAGGCGAUGCUGCACCGCGUCGUGACACCGUCGAAAGCGAUGAAAGCUGGCACGGAAGAGUACAUGUCUCCGCUGCGAACGCCGUGCGGUCAGUUGGCGGGGGCUGCGAAGAAGCGCACUCGAGAAGAGUUGCGCGAACUGUGGCGCAUCGGCAUCAAGCAGACGAUCAUCCUGAACCGCAUGGACAAGGAGAACGCUCACCUGCAGGCGCGCCAGAACGAGAUCAAAUCGAACGAAAUCAAGCGCAUCAAGCUCGAGUAUGACGAGAUAACGGUCUGUGAUAAGCGGUCGGCCGAACAGUGGGACGCCUUUCUCGAGAAGGCGACCGGUGGGACGUCCGGUCGGGCGAACCAAUCGCUGCUGUACCAGGCGAUCAAGAACGGGGUACCACGCGCGAAGCGUGGCGAGAUCUGGAUGUUCCUGGCGGAACAGCACGUGCACCAUACGGCCCCGGUUGAUACGACCAACUUUCCGAACUUCAACACACCGUACCAUGUGCUGCUAAAGAAUCUGACCGAGCACCAGCACGCGAUAUUCAUCGAUUUGGGGCGUACCUUUCCCGAUCACAAGUACUAUAAGGAUGCGCUGGGCAUCGGACAGCUGUCGCUGUUCAAUCUGCUGAAGGCGUACUCAAUCCUCGACCCGGAGCUUGGCUAUUGCCAGGGCUUGGGCUUUAUUUGUGCUGUCCUGUUGCUGCACCUCGAAGAAGCGGACGCCUUCGAACUGCUGAAGCAUCUCAUGUUCCGCCGCCAGAUGCGGGCCAAGUAUCUGCCGGACAUGAAGCAGUUCCAGCUGCAGCUGUAUCAGCUGUCCCGCCUGCUCAAAGACCAUAUCCCGGAGCUGUACGAUUGGUUCGAUCAGCAUGACAUCUCUCCAACGCUGUACGCGGCCCCCUGGAUACUGACCGUCUUUAGUUCGCACUUCCCGCUCGGUUUCGUCGUGCGCGUGUUCGACCUACUGUUUCUCGAGUCGUUCGACGUCAUCUUUCGCUGUGCGAUCGCGCUGCUGGAGGUGCACAAGGAGGCGCUUCUGCAGCGGGACAACUUCGAGGACAUUAUGAACUACCUGAAGAACGUGAUCCCCAAGAUCGAUGGAGGCGUGAUGGAGAAGGUUUUUCGGAAUGUGUUCCAGUCCGAUUUCUCGCGUCAGCUGAUCGAAUACCAGGUCGAAUAUAAUGUGCUGCAGGAGGAGAUGACGUCCCAGAACCACCAGCUGCUGAGCUACAAUCGGCUGAAGGAGGAACACCAGCAGCUGGACACGCAGUUCCAGUUCGCGCAGUCGAGCUUGCUGCAGCUGGAGAAAACGCGGCUGGCGCAGCACGACCAAAUACAGUCCCUCCAGACGCAGGUGCAAACGCUCGAGAACACCGUCCACACGCUGGCACGCUUCAUCGAGCGUGAGACGGUCGAAGCCAAAUCGGACUCUGUACUGCCCGGCGAGAUCUGCCGCAUUCUGGAGCAGGUGCAGGACUUUCAGCAGCAACAGCAGCAGCAGCAGCUACAAGCGCAAAAGAAACGAUCGCCGAUAUUCGUCGAUCGGAAGAUCGGCAAAUCCAUAUCGUUCAACAGCAACCUCGGGCUGGCGCUGAACGUGCUGGAGGAAGCGAACGAGCAGGACGGCUCGGGUGGCCCGGGCGGGACCGGGACACCGACGAAGAAGAAAUCCUACUUUCCGAACUCCUUCAACCAGAUCCGGCAGCAGCGGGCGACCCUGUGGCUGCACAAGCUCGACGAGUGCAACACGAGCCCGGAGCACGGCACGGGCGGCACCCUGUCGUCGUCGUCGGGUUCGUCGUCUGGCGUGAAGGUCACCAGCAACAGUGACGACAGUGGCAUCGCGACACCGAUCAGCCCACAAAUGCACGCGCCCUCGACGACACCGAUGGUGGCCGAAAGCAGGCCCCUGGUGCCGGUGUCGGCAUGCGGGGUCUUCGACAGCCAUCCGCUGAGCAGCUGUGGCGAUGUGGCCGUCCAGUACAACGGGACGACGCAGCUGAAAUCGUUGAAGCCCCGGGUACAGUCGCGCCACGGUUCCGUAUCGUCCGUAUUCGUCAGUGAGGUGGGCAAUGCCGAAUCGCGGCCCCAAACCGUCACGGAUCGAAGUUAACGGCCGAGCCGGAGUGAUGCUACCGGCGGCAGGGAAGGGUAAAAUAGUGCGCCAACGGGAUCUCUCAAAGGAAGAACCAAACUUUGGCUUGUAACGACCAGUUUAUCCCGACGAAGCUUAACACUGUUUGGUAACCGACACACUGGCCACGCCAUUCCAGCAACGGAUGUGUUCUCUACAACCACGAUCUUCCAGGAUUCGUUUCGGUUGGCGGAAGAUUUCUCCAGACAAAACGUAGUGCUCUCCCCUCCCCGGCGAACCUUUUCCUGUGGCAAUCAAAAUUAAGCUGCCGGCGGUUUGCGAGACGUGCCACGGGAAAUCUUGUUCACUGGCUUGUGUUAAUCCUAUACCGGAACGGAACGGACAAUUGUAUACAGUGAUGUAGCUAGUGGCAGCUCAAGCAUCCGCUUAGUAUCCGCGGAAAGCAUAGAUGGUUACGCAAAACAAAUGUUAGCCUGUAUGCUAGGAAUCGAUUUACAUUCUCGCAUAACGUUCGAUCCAACCAAAGCAAAACAAAAAACCGUUUUACUACAACGUUAGUUUGUCCCCCUCCCGAGUGCUGCCCUGCCCUAUACGUGGUAGACACGCGUAGAAGAGAAUGUGAAGUGCAUCUACAUUGAAAAUUAGUGAGAAAGAUACACUAGCCUAUUGUGAAUGGAAAACCAACAUACUACUACCCUAUUUAUCGCUUUUGCAACAAGAAUUAUAAGAGAAAACCCAUAUGCUCGACAGAAAAAAAACGGAAAACAAACCACAAAACUCUGUAACCAAACCCAACGCCAGCAAUAGCUUCGUACAAUUUAUGAGUGUGACAGUAGAGCAGUAGGGAAACGUUAGAAAACUAGCGACUUCUACUCCCGCUAAAUGAAGUAGCCCCUCUCGUCGAGCAAGUAUCGAACGGUGAAGCAUCUCGAGAGUCCCUGCGGCUAAUGUGCGGCCGUGUACUUAACGGUGGGCGCCGAGAUAAUGUUGUGUUGUAAAUUUCGACAGUCAUGAUUUGCGCAUGGAAAACCCCGCUUCAGAAGGCCCGCCCCCCAAGUGUGAUUAGAGCUGUAGUAAGAUAGAAAGGAUACAUAUAUUUUUGGUAUACAUUUAAAUUGCUCUAACUGUGCGCGCAAUCGAAACAACAAUAGAUGACUGUAGUCCACAGUGCGGUGCAUUGCAGGCCAUUCGGCACGUAACGUUUGAAAGGCAGGGAAACUACGUUUCAUUGUCUGCCUAAUCCAAAUUAGUCCAGCUCCGCAAAACAACAUGUAGCCGUUCCCGACGCAGUGGCAAGGGAAAAUGUGUAUAACCGCAAAAUCCGCAGCUUACUCGUGCUUCUUAUUGCCAAUCAAAGUUGUUUAGAAAAGUACAUUCAGGCGUACCCUCAACCGGGUGGCAUACGUCCAGGGGACUGUCGUGGAUUAAAUCGCGAACAACUGUAACCAAACCCUACAAACCAAGCUCUGUAGCCGUUGUUCGUGGGCUUCAAUCGCAUACUUUUACAUUGAGCUAUGUUCGAGCUUUACAGAGGCCUCCGGUGGGAGCGAAGGAUCCCGCACCCCCCGGUUCCCCAGUUGGUCCGUAUGAUUCGUUUCGGGCGUGUAAAUGCGUACAUUUUCUACCUUCUACGGUAGCAAAAAGGACCUCAUGUAUCGGGCCCUCUUCAGUUUAGCUUUAGGUUUUAUUGUUAUGUUGUUUUGUUUUAACUUUUUAGUGUUAUAAAUAAGUUUCAUUAAAAUGCCUACCGAGUUGUUCGAUUCCCACGGGACCCUAAUAUCACGCUUUGGAAAAUGAAAAAGAAACACAAAAAAAUACACAAAAAUAAUAACACCAUCUCACGGCUGAAAUUAUUUAGAUCGAUAUAUGAUAAGGAACGUGACAGGAUAAAUAAAU